GCAAAACCAGUUCAGUUUGUGCCGGGCCGCCGUCCGCGUCGCUUGUCGUGUUACACUGAAUCUGCGCCGCGUUGUUUUACGAAAUAACCAUCUUUUGUACCCAAACCAAAACCAGUGUUGUGGAUUCCUACAGUGUACGUGUGAGAUUGUGCCAUUUUCAUUUUGUGAUGUUGCUACUACAUGUUAUAGUGGAUUUGUGUUGAAGCGAGACGGGUUUGGGUGCCUCCGCCGGUCGCCUCUCCGAUCUCGGGAUAUCAUUAAGAUGCAAACACAAGAUGAACCGGCAAUUCGACCAUAACACGUGAAACCUAACAUACUAACCCACAAAACAACCCACAAACAUGACGUGGAGACCACCACGCGACUCGGAACCAUUAGAAAAGACAAUUUCAACCAAAAGGCGGAGUUUACAGGAUCUCAAACCCUUACUAGAGGACAGAGGAGGUAUAAAAACAAGAAAUGUCACGCGGAGUGACUUGGAUUGCGGUAGGAGAGCGGAGGAGACGUGUAGCAAUAAUAGUCUUUACGGCGUAGACAAUAAAGUUAGUUUUGCAACUGUUAGUGUUUGCCGAAAUACUGUGAAGUGUAACACUAGGUUUGCAAGUGGACGGUGCUUUAGUAGGUUUAAAACAAUUGUGUUUGUGUUAUUAGUGAUCUGUUUGAAGUCGAGGCUGUUGGCUGAGGCGAGAAGUUCAGAACCAAGAUACGAGACUGCGUACGCGUGUGAAGGCAAAACGCUUAAAAUUGGCUGCGGGGAGGGCUCAGUGAUACAUUUGAUACGAGCCAACUAUGGAAGGUUCUCGAUCACCAUCUGUAACGACCAUGGGAACACUGACUGGAGCGUCAAUUGCAUGUCGACGAGGAGUUUGCGGGUUUUACAUAGCAGAUGCAGUAUGUACCAGAACUGCAGUAUAUUAGCAAGCACUAACAUGUUCGGGGAUCCGUGUCCGAAUACGCUAAAAUAUUUGGAAGCGCAUUAUCAGUGUGUACCAGCAUCAACAACAAGCACUACGAACCGGCCAUCACCACCAUGGCUCAUCACAUCCCAACCCACGGUAUGGCGGUCGACGGCACCACCGAUACCCAAAAGUCCAGUGCAAACGCAGCAGGGAGAGAGAAAGAAGCCAACUGUGAUCACGCCUCCAACCUUCAGGCCACAUAUUACUUUACCACCUGAAGUGAAACUGGGUGAUAUAGCUACUAAGAAGACUACGACCCGACAACCGGACUCGUCAUCAGAGCGAGAACCACCACAGAUACCGCACGACAAUAAACCGGAAGUGAAGGAGGAACCACCUAAGGUGGAAUCUGAAAGUCCAAGGAACGAGAAGCCAAAGGAUGAUGAUAUCGCGGUCACCGAAGAAACGAUCCACUGGCCAGUAAAGGACGAUUCUGACUCCACAGUAUCAGCUCACGUGCCACCAAAGGAAACCCGACCCAAUACCGAUGUGGAUGACCUAUUUGAUAAUGUAUAUUCAACAAUGUCCACAUCAAAUAUUGGAAGGCGCGCGUACUGUCCUCAAGUCAACGCUCGUGGUCUACAUUGGAACUGGACUUUGGUGAAUACAUACAAUGUCCAGCCUUGCCCGGGGGGUGCCAGCGGCUUAGCUAAGUGGAAGUGCGUACUAAACCAGUACCAGCCCAGUGAGGAAGAGCGGCCGCUGCGGCGCGGAGCUGGUCUACCAUCAGGGGAGAACUACCACGAUCUGGGGCUGGACAGCGACAGGCAGGUGCAGUUGAUCUCGAGACUUGGCUCCGAUGCACUUCUCAAAGGACGCGACGGUGACACACCUGACCAUAUGAUCGACUACCGGGGUGGUAACGUACCCGAUGGCCAACUACCGUCGAGCCAACACUCUACCAGUAACACUGAUGCUAUGUACUCGGACGCAGUACCAGAAUGGCUCGGUGCCACCCCUGACCUCAGCGAGUGUCGGUCAGUGUGGCUGAACAGCUUGGAAGCGCGGGUCAAGGAGGGAGACUCCUUGCUCAGCAUCAGCAAUGAUUUAGCACAGGUGACAUCGUCGAAGACGUUAUACGGCGGUGACAUGAUGAUCACAACCAGCAUUAUGAAGAAAUUGGCUCAGGGAAUGGCGCGGAAUGUGAAGACGUUCCCUGACGCUAAUCAGAGGGAAGCGCUUGUUGCUGACAUGUUGCUUGGCGUUAUAAAGACAGGCUCGAAUCUUCUAGAAGACAACCAGCGUGCGUCGUGGGCGGAUCUGAGCGCAGAAGCACAGAAUCGAGCGGCUAGCGCGCUUCUCACACAACUCGAGGAGAACGCGUUCCUUUUAGCCGAGGCGAUCACAGAAGAGAGAAACAUAUUGCAGACUGUCAAGAAUAUAUGUCUUUCCGUACGUGUAUUAGAAGUGAAGAAUGUAGAAGACGAGACAUUUCCAUCGCUCACUGCUCAGGAACAGUGGAAGGGUUCCGAGGACUCCAUCACCAUACCAAAGGCUGCCUUACAUGAAAACCGACAAGACGGCCUGGUCAGAAUUGUCUUCUUCGCGUUCAACCGUCUCGAACAGAUCCUGCCUCCGACCUUCGGCAAGAGUCCUCAGUACGCGGCGUUCGCCUCCGAUCCCGUCGCCUCCUCAUCCACCAGCAUUAACUCUGAACGGGAGAAGAGGAAUGUCACCAGGGUCCUCAACUCUAAGGUGAUAUCUGCGAGCUUGGGCAAUGGAAGGCACAUCCAACUGACGCAAAUGGUACGACUUACCAUGAAACACCUUCGAACAGAGAACGUUACGAAUCCAGCUUGUGUAUUUUGGGAUUACACAUUACAUGGCUGGUCACCAGAAGGUUGUCAAGUAGAAUGGUCCAACUCCACUCACACGGGAUGCGCGUGCUCCCACCUCACCAACUUCGCGAUCCUCAUGGACGUCCAGGGGAUACCUCUCUCCGGCAAACACGUGCUGGCUCUCCGCCUGAUAACCCUGAUCGGAUGCGCCAUCUCGGCGGUCGCCCUCUUCGCCGCCAUCAUAGUGUUCCAGUGCUUCAAGAAUAUGAAGGUUUCUGUCUCUGAGUCGGAUCGCGUGCUAAUCCACAAGAACCUAUGCUGGUGUCUGCUGGUCGCUGAGGUGGUGUUCAUGGCCGGCAUAGACCAGACGCAGGACAGGAUUCUGUGCGGUCUGAUCGCUGGGUUGCUGCACUAUUUCUUCUUGGCUGCUUUCGCUUGGAUGUUUCUAGAAGGGUUCCACCUGUACGCGAUGCUGGUGGAAGUAUUCGAGCCGGAGCGUCCUCGCGCACGCUGGUACUUAGCAGGCGCGUACAUCGCCCCCGCCUUAGUCGUGCUGGCGUCCGCUGCAGCCUUCCCGACCGGCUACGGUACCUCGCGUCACUGCUGGUUGUCCACCGACCGUCUCUUCGUUAUGAGCUUCGUGGGACCCGUCGCACUCGUGCUUGCUGCAAACUGGAUAUGCCUCAGUAUGGUGAUUUAUAUGAUGUGCCAUCACUCGACGGUUUCUGUCAAGACAAAAGAGAAUUCAAAAUUAUACAAAAUAAGGGUGUGGUUACAUAGCUCUAUGAUCCUGGCCUUCCUGCUGGGGUUGACGUGGACCUUCGGACUGCUGUACCUGACGGAGCAAACAGUCGGCAUAGCGUACACCUUCACGAUAUUGAAUUCUUUACAAGGACUCUUCAUAUUCAUCUUCCAUUGUCUGCAGAAUGAAAUCUUCCAGAAGGAGAUGGGCCGCGUGGCGCGCCGCCACCGCUGGCUGGCGUGGUGCGGCGCGCUGGCCGCGGCGCCCGCGUCGCACGUCGACACGCGCCAGGCGUCCGUCAAGAGCCGCCGCUACCACGCGCCCGCGCCCGACUCGGACGACGUCGGCGAGCCGAGGGACGUCACUAGCUACAACAUACAACCGGAGCCGUCAAGAUGGAACAUACGGCCUUCUGCUCCUAUAUACGUCCCGAACGACGAAACACGAAGCACCCGUGUGCCCACACCGCAAAAUAUACCGCAUAGUUCAUCGCACACGCAAAGCAUAGCCUCUAUGCAUAGCUACAGAAACAAUAUCGAAGUACCGAACGAAUACCAGAAUCUGAGAUCGCGGUCGCCAUCUUGUUUCUCAAACAAAUUGGCCGCGUCGAUUGGCGCGAACGACUGGGCGCUUAUGACGAACGGUGGCAGUGUUUGGAAGAACACUUCUUCUAAGAGUCACUCCAACACAGCGACGCUCCCUCAUCACGACACACUCUCCAGGCAGUUGGCCCAGCAGAACCACAUCCACGCUCCGUACAGCGAGUGCGACGUCCCCCUCGCCCCUGGCUCCCCUCGUCACGGCAUCAAGGAUGAGGAUAGUCCCCUCCAUCACCAAGGGUACCAAACUACCAGAAGCUACAACCAUGACUUCAGAAACCCCCAUGUUUUCAUAUCCCAACAUUCCCCGGGAAGUCAAGAGAUGAUCUUUAGGAAACACUACAAGGAUGAAGGACGGCGCAAGCAUCAUCACCACCACGGGAGUCAGAACAUCAAUCACACGUAUUCCGAAAUAGGGUCGCAGCAAGGGAGAAUAUACAGGCGCGGAUCUGAACAAGAAUUCCGUGUGAUACAAGACGAUCCGGUGUACGAAGAGAUCGAAAGAAACGAGACAAUGAUGUCUGAUGUAUCUGACGACAAUUCUGGUCCGGAUAACUGCAGACAGAACCCUGCGUUGCAUGGUUCUUCCGGCUCUAAGUUUUUCGGCGAUCAUCGACCGCUAAUCUCAUAUAGUCCCGGAGAUAGGCACCAUCACGAACAGGAGCUUUACGGGAAGUAUGGAAAGUGGGAUACGGCGGAGCGUUACGACCCUAGACAUUACGAGAGCGGGAGAUUGAUGCAUCCUUAUCAUCAGCCCCAAGAGAGCAACAUGAGAGCGCUGGCGGCAGUCCUGAACGGUGAGAACAACGUCGUUUGCCAUUUGGAGCCACACAAUCCUUACGACGUGUACCAAUCUCAAAGCGGUAACCCUAGGACUGUUUCGCAACCAAGUUUCUAAGUUGCAACCCUAAACGUGUUGAAAAUCGAAUUGAAUCAACUCGAUAUAAUGUGAUUAAUGCGAUCGAGUUCAUAGUGAGCUCGCGUAUAUAUAAUAUGAGUGUUAGUGACUUUAUAGACUUGAACGGACGGUACUGUACAGAUAUAGCGAAUGAAUUUUUCUAUGGACGUAGAUAUAGUAUGUCUUAGUGACACGAUACAUAAGUGAUAGCGUUUAUUGUAGGAACUUGCCAUAACAUGGACGUUGAAAUAACAUAUUUAUAGUAUAGAAUGUAAACUUAUAAUAAAAUCACUUUUUCCACUGUGAUCCUAUUUAAAUAUAAACGCUCAAGUGACAGUGUUGCGACCACAUAUUUUACUUUGUACGGGAGAGAUUUAGGGCGUUUGCGCACGCGUUAAUAGCGCCCCAAAGACAAUCUAAUUUCCAAAUGUUAAAAGCAACGACACGGUGACAGCAUACGUGUGUAACCGCCCUUAUUCUGUCUAAACAUUCUGAGAAUUUGUGUAACAUAAAAACAAAUCGAAUAUUAGUCAAAUGAUAAUAAUUGCAGUUAAUAUAGUAAUAGAUUUAUUUUUCAACUUGCCCAAGUUCUGAGGAUAGUUAGACAGACAGACAGCAAUUUUGUAUAUAAGAAUAGCGUUUAGUACUAGACUCAUAGUACUUCCGGUGUGCCCUUACUGUUUCUAUCAGCGAUUUCUUUAGAUAAAAAAUAAAUAUCAUGGCAUUUUCCCUUAAUGUAGGUACGAUAAUCUGUGAUGUUUCUUUUGUACACUUUAGAUUAAGUUACGCUUGCGCGCCAUCUUGGAUAAUGUACAAAAACACUGCCAUUAUUAAUAUUAUACAAAAUGAUGGUUUAUUGCUUGCACAUUUUUCUCCAAUGUAUUUAAAACUCGAAUAUUAUUUUGAUUACUUUUAGUUUCAUUUAAAUUCAAAUUGACGGACGAUGAAGAAACAAGCAUUCGAAUUAUAUUUAAUAAAAAAUAGUAAUUUCUUAAAAUAAAGAUCAUUUAUGGUGAUCAUUUUACCUGUGAUCAUGGUAGAUCAAAGUUGUAAUAGUUGACAUAUAUUUAUUCGAAUAUAUUAUUUUACUUUUCAAUUUAUAGUGACAACUGCUAAUAAGAAAUGACCUCGAAUAUUGUACUAAAAUUUUUGAAAUAAAAUUCAUACUUUUGCAGAAAUUAUCAUCUGUGGUAACCAUUUUACCAGUGAUCAUCUUCAUUCAAAAGUAAAAUGGUUGACAUUAUUUCAUUCAUUUAAUUCAUCGUUUUGGUAAUAACCAAAAAAAAAAUACAUUUCUUUAAUUAAAAAAACAUCAUUUACAACAUACUUGGUGUUGCAGGCAUCUACAGGCCAUUAAUCAUUUACUAUCAAAUGUACUGUAUAUUUGUUUGUCACAUUUGUGGUAAAAAAAUCUGGUAUUUACCAUAAAUGAGAAGUAAAUGGUAAAUCAUCACGCUGUAUAAUGACUAUGUAUUCAAAGCACUAGCAGGAGGAGAAUCCAAGUAAUUACCAGAGAAGUUACAUAGAAUUUAACCCUAUAUUUAAAUAAUAAAGGUUAAGUUUAAAAAAUUUCAAAACGAGCGGUAUUUCAACUUAAUUUUAAUGAAAUUACUUUUAAAACAUACAAGUAAUUUAAAAAGAAAGUUGUUUUUGUCAUUAAAGUAUGUACCUUUAUGAAAAUCAAACAUAAAAAUCACAAAUUUUUGACAGUUUACUGCCGCCAUAUUUGUUUUAUACUGUCAUAAAAUACCCUUCAAGUCGUUAUGAACGUUGUGAUAGUAAUACUCCUCCUGAUUUGGCUUUAUGAUAUGUAUUCAUUUGCUAAGCUUUAUUGUAGCUAUAUUUAUUUCCAGUGCUUCAGCUUUUUUAAUGUUUAAAUUUUAUUUUUAAAGGAAUUUCGGAAAAAAUCCAUCCAACCUAUUAUAGACUGACACCAUUUGAUGUUGUGCACUUUUCUGUACAUUAGAAACUAGUGUUAUGAAAUACUUACUAAAAGAAAAAAAAAUAUUAAAAAUAUAUAUUAUACAUAUAUUAUUUUUACGAAGGUAAAUUUAAAUUCUGUUAAUGCCAUGUAAAAGUUUUUUUUUUUUCUCCAUUAAAACAGUAAGUACAAAAGGAAUUGUGUUGGCAGAAUUGAUAUUACGUACAAUAAAAAAAAAAAGAAGUGUAACAACAUUUUUUCAUGUAUAUUUUGAAUCGAUUAAGCAAUAUUUUAGACUGGGGUAUUGUUAUAAAUUUUCGGCCAUUUUAUAUUUAAUGUAACGGAAUAAUUUUUAAAUAAUGUUGUACCGUGGCUGAAAUUUAUAAAAUACUUUAACAUAAUGCGAGUAAUUUGAAAUUGUGGGGAAAUUUUAUUUUUUCUAAUUGGGUAUACUAGUCCAUCUAUUUUUCCCACGUCUUAAUAUAAUAUUAAGUGUACAUUAUGUCUUGUGUAUUUCUGUUACUAAGUAUAUAUAUAUUUUUUUGUUUUGAUUGUAUUUUAAAAACGUUGACAAGUAUAUAAUAAAUGUAAAGUAGCAGAAACGAAAUGUGUAAAUAAUUUAAAGUUUAUAUAAAUAAAGAGUGGCUAUUCUGUGAGAAUAUCCACAAAUGAAAAA